GGAGUCCUGUCCUGAAUCCACUCCAUUGCUUGAGGGCAGCCAUCAUAGUGUUCACUAUUGUGUGCGGCUGAGGGAAGAAGAAAAAGAGAGGAGGGAGCACAAGGGGGGAAAGAAAACCUGUCCCUUUGUGUGGGAAAGACUCAGCAGGAAAGUGAUUUGGUGACUAUUUGAGUUUGCCGGCAAAGCAAGGAUCUUCCCCAUGACCUGCAUGCACAUUUUUGCCAACUCUGCGUUCCACGACUGCCUUAAACCCGAGUCGCAUAGACUGCGAUUCUCCGGCCGGCAAACAGCGACACCCGGCUUCUCCUGAUGAUGAGAGCAGACGUCAGACUGGUUUGCAUGAAUAUUGAUGUGGAGGAUAGUCUGUUUCAUAGAAGAACAGAAGGAGGCAAGAUGGCUGCCCUUUAGGAUUUGUAAAAGAGGAGAUCCAGACGGUUUGUUGGAAUUUCUACAUAGUGGAAGGACGCAAAAGAAGGACACACAGAGGGCAGCCUGUGAAUGGACUCUGAGCAGGCCAGAUGGAAACGGACCAGACCAGACAUGAGACGGAAGAAAGUCUGACAUUAAAACAAUUUGGGACACACCACAACAUCUCCAACAAACUGCAGAAUGGAGGCUCAUUUUCAGAAGGAGACUCUCUGCAAAACACUGACAACACAAACUGGAACAAUCACAAGCCCAACACAGUUGCCAACUCCAUGAAGAGACCAAACGAAAACUGCAAUGACUCUGAAUCCGUGCAAGGGCUGUUGGAUCAUGGAUCCUUUAUAAUGAAUGGAGUGUUGAUGAAUGGAGAGCAAUUACUCACUGAACCGUCGUUCCAGCCCAGCCAGCCCAAGAAAUUUAGAGCAGAUUCAGAGAUUGCUGAAUUAAAAAACAAAACUGAAUUUCAAUGCAGUGCUCAGUCAGAGACAAAAUUAGGGAACAGGAACUGUACAAUUGUUAAUGGAGAUGUUUACCAUCUGCCAAGAAAUAAGCAUGCUUUAAUCUCUAAUGGUGCUGUCCUGACGACUACUACAAUAGAAAGCACACCAGGUGAUCUUUUAGAGAAAACUUUGUCUCAAUAUUAUCCUGAGCAGGUAUCAAUUGCACCACAGAGAUCUGGUCCACAAGAUGCUAUGAAAAGUUCUCUCACAAAAAAACUGCCUGGUGAGGAUAUUAUACCUCCUGCUUUGACCCCAGAGUUUCCAAAUUCAGCUCAAAUGCUUAACUCACAAACACGGAAACCUGCGGUAUCUGGUACUCUGGAGGGAGGCAACAAUUACAACUCUGUUAACUAUAUAGUAAAUGGAUAUGCAAACCAUCAUGAAACCGUUUACCAGCAGAAAAAACAACCGCCUCAACAACUGUCACCAUCUAGCCACCAAGGAUCUCUUCAUCAACUCCCUGGCAUGGCCCCCCCACCAAAUACUGCCAACUCAUUGCAACAACAUAAAAAUGGCCCACAGUGCUUUCCAAACAACACAAAUCCUCAACGUACAUAUGAAAAUGGAAGCCACACUUUUGAUCACAAAGAGCAUAAUACUCACCCCCAGGGAACUAAGGCAGUAUUGGACAAAUAUGGACCAUCAAACUUUGAGAUACAGAACAUUGUGCAGUAUGAGGAACCUGAGUCUGGUCAUGCUCAACAGUUUGGGAUUCAACCCAAGAAUUUUCAGCGGACUCCAGGACACACACAUGGAGCUGAUAACAUAGGUAUGAUGGGACCCAUUAUACAGCAGCCAAAUCAGGCUGGAUUAGAAAAUAGCCUGGAUAACACAUCCCAGCAGACAGAGAAUUUCAUGUGUUCAAAUCUCCAUCAGGGAAAUUGGAUGGAACAGAACCCUUUACAGCAGCAAACACAUGUUCUGUCAUCCUUGGCAAAGCAGGAAAACAGGGACUUCUCUAUCAAGCCUUUGCCAGAGCAACAGAAAGCUAACCUUCAAGUUCAUGGUCAAUUUUUGGAGAAAAACCAUGUACAAAGGUUUGAGUCACCUGGAAUGUUUAAAGAAAACAUUCAUGGGUCCAACAGCAUACAGCAGCAGCAACUCUCAGGCCAAACACACUGUGCUUCAGCCCAAAACAACAAUAGUCCUGACUGGCAGCAUGGAAGUUCUAAGGUUUCUUUAGUGCAACAGUCUCAACCCCAGAUAAAGCAUGAUCAACAAAAUGUGUUGCAAAGCCAGCAGACAAGAGGACAUUAUCAUACACCCAUGCAGUCAGAGCACUUACGUGAACACUCUGAAGUGCAGGAUGUAUUGUCACCUGAGUUUUUCACAACACAACAGCAGCACUGUAAUCUUCCACGCCCACUGUCCCACCCAACACAAUCUGAAGAACAGCAACUUAAGUCUCCCAUUUAUCGACCUCACAGUCAGCCUCAGCCAGGUCAGGUUAAACUUAAUCAGCAACAUAGAAACAACUACUUCAGCUACAAUAACACAACAGAUGCUCAUAUACAUCAUCAAAGCCAGUAUUCGCCAAACUCGGGCAACAGUGAUUUCAGGCAUUUUCAACCGCAGAGACCGAGUAAUCAAAUAGACUUACCACAAACGUCUACACAGUCACAGCCUCUAUCUCCACAAUUUUCAUUAAACCAACAGACAUCAACACAUAUGUAUCCCAAAGCUGAACUCCAGCUAAACCCAUGUUCCCAGGUCCAAAGGGGAUCUCAGCUUCCUCUGGCAUCUGGCCUAUCUCUGUCAGACUUUCAAAAGCAUGCUGCCCUGCGUAAUCAUCUGUUACAAAGGCAAGAGAGACAGGGCCCUCUCUAUUGCGCUCAAAGCACUAAUGAUAUUAAACCCAGCCUGAAAAAUGUAAAAAUUGACAAUGGACCUGGAUUUCACAUGCCUGGCUCGCAGGAGCAAAUGGGUGGAUUGCAAAUCAAGCAGGAGAAACAUCAGUCCUUAUGUGACAAUAAUAAGAAGCAAGACAACAUCCUGGCCUCCAUGGAACAAAGUCUAAAACAGUACCAUCUUUCCCCUGUGUUUGAGAAUAAAUCUUUUGUCAUCAAUUCAAAUAAAGUCAAGGUAGAAUCUUCCGGACCUGUGACAAUACUGUCAACCAACACUGACAUGUGUAAAAUGGAAGCACCUGGAGCUGUCACCUCCAGUCCAACUUUUAAAAAAACACCCGAAUCCACACCCAAAAAAGAACAACUCUUACAGAGGUUUAUGGAUUCCCCAAUGAAGCUGUUGGAUACCCCAAUAAAAAGUCUCCUGGAUAUGCCUAUGAAAACACAAUAUGACAUUGCAUCAUGCCACUGUGUUGAACAAAUCAGCGAAAAAGAUGAAGGCCCGUACUAUACUCACUUGGGUUCUGCACCUACGGUUGCUGGUAUACGGGAGAUGAUGGAAAAAAGGUCUAGUUACAAUGGUCGAGCCAUUAGGAUAGAGAAAGUGGUGUACACAGGCAAGGAAGGCAAAAGUACACAGGGGUGCCCUAUCGCAAAAUGGGUGAUCCGCCGAGCCAGUGUAGAAGAAAAGCUACUGGUGUUGGUUCGAGAACGCACUGGCCACAAAUGUGACACAGCCUGCAUAAUCGUUGCGAUCCUGGUCUGGGAGGGCAUCCAACCCAGCCUGGCUGACAAACUCUACCUCGAGCUAAGCGAUACUCUAACUAGGCAUGGAGCUCUCACCCAGAGACGGUGCGCUCUUAAUGAAGAGAGGACUUGCGCAUGUCAGGGAUUAAAUCCAGAUGCCUGUGGGGCAUCGUUCUCUUUUGGCUGCUCGUGGAGCAUGUACUACAACGGCUGCAAAUUUGCAAGGAGUAAAAUUCCAAGAAAAUUUAAACUACUAGGAGACGACGUGAGAGAGGAAGAAAGGCUAGAGCAAAACCUUCAGAAUCUGGCCACCUUACUGGGACCCUUGUACAAAAAUAUGGCACCUGAAGCUUAUGGAAACCAGGUGGAACAUGAACACAGAGCCCCUGACUGUCGUCUGGGUAAAAAGGAGGGACGUCCCUUCUCUGGGGUGACAGCUUGUCUAGACUUCUGUGCUCAUGCUCACAGAGACCUUCACAACAUGCUUGGAGGCAGCACUGUCGUGUGCACAUUAACAAGGGAAGACAACCGGGAGAUUGGAAGGAUACCAGAGGAUGAGCAGCUCCACGUUUUGCCACUGUAUAAGGCUUCCAACACAGAUGAAUUUGGCAGUGAGGAGGGUCAACAAGAAAAAAUUAAGUCAGGUGCUAUCGAAGUCCUCAGUGCCUUCCGCCGCCAGGUGCGCAUGCUUGCAGAGCCCGCCAAGUCCUGCCGCCAAAAGAAGUUGGAUGCUAAGAAGGCAGCUGCUGUUAAGAAUGCCAUGCUGGACAACGCUCAUGAUAAGGCAGAGAAAGUUACCCCAUCCAAGUCAAAAGUGAUGACUUGUGAAAACAUCAGUCAAAGCACUCAUAUGGCAGGUUUUAUUCCAGGUGCUAUUGGAGCCUCCCAGCAUCCAAUUCAACCAACACAUCCCUUUGGAAACCAUCCCCGGCAAUUGCAGCAACAACAGCACGAAAACAUACUUACCUCCUUUCCGGGUGCAGCAAAUGCUGCCAGAUACCCAAGGUUCCCUAGCCACCAAGGAUCUUUCGCAAGCACUUCAAAGCUAGGGAGCAUAUUUCCACCUCAACUGUCAACACCAGCAAGCCCUUACCCUGCCCCAAUCCAUGCACCAACUUCAUACAUCGAUGGAUCUAAUCGUUCGUACGUUGGUUAUCAAUGUAAUGGAGGAAUGCCUCUUGACAACUACCAUUCAUACUAUGCUUCAAACCAAAAGCACCUCGACAUGUAUCAACAGCAACAACAACAAGCCUUUUACUCAGAGCAGCAGUAUACAGUACAUCCACGUUUUGAGGUCAAUUAUCCACCAAAUUUUGGUGAUCCAGGUUUACAAAUCAAUGGUUAUAAUGCCUGCAGCAUGAGGCCAGUUCACCCCAUGAGAGCCUUCAGCCCCUGUGGUCCUAAUGGAGCCACAGACCCACAUUUUAUGGACCCCCUCUCAAGAGCGCCCUCUGUCCAUGGAGGUCUUAACUACACUGCUGCUGGAAGCAACAGCAAUCAGUUUGGAAGAUCCCCAAAUCCAUAUCUCUCACAAAGUCCCCAAAUGUUCCACCCAGGCCAACAACCAUUCCAUAUGCAAAUUAAGCAAGAAAUCAGUAUUGCUAGCCCAAAGAUGCUUGGUGCUCAAUUAACUGGUGUGGGUUUAAACCCUGAAACACAGACAGGACUGGGUAGCCACAUGCUAUCAGGUAUUAAGCAAGAACCCGGAACCCCCCAGACACCCACAACCCCACAAAAGCCAGAAAUGUGGUCAGACAAUGAGCACAACUUCUUGGACCCUGACAUCGGUGGGGUGGCCGUGGCACCUACACACGGCUCAGUCCUCAUUGAGUGUGCAAAACGGGAGCUCCAUGCCACAACCCCGCUUAAAAACCCAGAUCGUCACCACCCCACACGCAUCUCCUUGGUGUUUUACCAGCACAAAAACUUGAAUGAGGCAAAGCAUGGACUCGUUCUGUGGGAGGCAAAGAUGGCAGAAAAAGCUCGAGAAAAAGAGGAAGAUGCAGAGAGAAACGGUGGUGAGGGGACACCAAGCAAAAGCCACAAGAAAGGGACAAAGCGUGAGCAUCCAGAGUCAUUGGAAUCCCUUGGGGAGCCCCCUUAUAAGCGUUUUAUACAGGCACUCAUUGAAGGAUCCUCAUCAUGCACAACCAACACUUACGUCAGUACAUCCCCGUAUGCCUUCACUAAGGUCACAGGACCUUAUAGUCACUUUGCAUAAAAGACCAUCAAGAAAAAAUGAAGGUGCUUUAUUUAUGACAAGGACCACAUGCAGCACUGGUCUCAAAAACACUCCUAACCUGUUCAGGUCUUUUAUCUUUUUGACAACUGAGCUUUACAUGUUGACCCUUGUAAGGAUGUAUUUAUUCUUGUUUUGCAAUUAUUGCAGAUACACACUGUUCAACCAUCUGGUGCUCUCAAUCUUACAUGCAGGACUUUUUUUUUUUUUUUUACUGGAAACAAAGUUUAAUCUUUGGUGGCUUUAUUUUUCCUAAAAGUUUUUGAAAGACUUAAACUUGGCAUGCAAUGCCAAUUUUAAAAACAGCAACACAACAUUUAAGGUGCUAAGUCUGUGUCUUUUUUCAUAUUCAAAUGACAUGAUACCAUGAUUGAGACUAACUGUAGAUGGCAUGAAAAAGGAAAUGCUAUAACUGGGAAAUAAUUUGUAAAAUCAUGAGCCUCAAAAUGGUAUGAGGCGAGUGUGUUAUGAGCACUUCUUGAUUACAACAAUUGAAUGUAUUGGUAUAUAGGUGAUGACAUUUACCUUUUUCUUGAAUUUAGCGCAAUUUCUAAAUAUCCCCGAAAAAAUCAAAAUAAUUGCUUAAUUUUAAAUAUUAUUUUGUUGGUGCUUCUUUGGCCUAAAAAUUACAUGUAUUAAAUACACGAGCCAUUCAAAUUGUGUAUUUUUAACAUUUUAAAAUGAGGAAAAUGAUCUGAGUUUUACUGUCUGCAAAUGUUCCUUUUAUAAGGUUCAUUGAACUACCCUGAAUUGUGAAAAUUACGUGUAGUUUUUUUUGUCUGUGGUGCUUAGUUGAUGUGCUUUUAUUACACUGAGGUGCAUGAGACAGGGUAAGCUUGGUGUCAAUUUCAUAGGGCAGCUGGCUUGCUGUGGGUUCUUUAAUUAUUGCAAUCUAACUGUAAGAUACAGGUAAGACAUGUACAGUAACUUAAAUUCCCUUUUUGGAAAUACUGCUAUAAAUUGUGAUUGUUGUAAAGAAAACUAAAAGCCUAAUUCCUUGUAAAUAUUUGUUUCAAUAGAUUUGAUUUCAUUAGGUGCUAUUCAGCCUGUUAAAAAGUACAAUGUGAGACUUUAGGCAGUGAGAAGGCUUUUACAAUAAUGUACAGUACCAACAUGGCAUAUACCUCAAAACCAGUUUGGGCAAUAGGAAAACAUAUCAUUCUUUUGUUUAAAUAUUUUUUUUCUAAAUUGUUGGUUACAGUCUAACUGCAUACGACCUACAAAGGCGGAGAAGUUAAUUUCCUACUUUCUUACCUGCUCAGCAAGUAUUACUUGAACUUGAGUUUUUAAUGUUACUGUAUAAUCAGGGACAUUUAAAAAAAAUAGUUUUGCUUGCAUUUAUUAUGUUUUUUUUCAUUCAGGGACAUGCAAUUGCAUUGUGUCCUAAUACAACUUUUCUCAAAUACGUCACACAAAAUAAUGUGGGGUGAGGUAGAGGAAAAAGUGUUUUUUCACAUUUAUUUUAACCCUUUUUAGCUAGUAAAACUGUGUUUUCUAAACGAAACACAAAGUAUAUGCACUGAUGUGACUAAAGGGAAAGUAUGCUUAUGACUAUAUUAAGGGCGAUGUAUUUGCUUUUGCUAUGAGGCAAGACCAAGGCAGUGAUUAUCGUUUUUGUGCCUGUGUAUAAGUUCAAUUUAUUUAUAACCACUAAGGAAUUGUAUGAUUUUUCUCUUUAAUUUUUAAUUAAUGUGAUAUAUAAUGGAAUGACUGUAAUGUUAUUUGUAAUAAUAAUUCACCCACUCUUCUUUAACAAAUUUUUUUUCUGAAAGCACUUCAAAUUUUUUCAUGAAAAAAAAUUGUUUAUGUAAUAAAGUACAACAUGUUUUAUUUAAAAAUGGGUGUAAAUGUGUUUCAGAAACAUAAAAAAAUGUCACAAUAUACAGUGCAUAGCAAGGUUUUACAUUUCAGGACAACCUUCUAGUAAAGUCAAACUGGGCUAUAAAGUAACUAAGUAAAGUAAACCAACAUACUUAAACAUGUUUUAAAUAUCCGUUUUGGCCCUUUUUAAUGUUAUCUAAAUGGACACAGUCACAUUUUCCAGGAAGUCUUUGUAAAUAAUACAGUCACUGUCGACACAAAGUUUAAUGUCAAAGAAUAUUAUUAGCUCUAAUAUUGAAUGAAUUUUUAUAUUUUUUGGACUGUUGGUUUUGUAUAGUCCACAAUAUUGAUGAUUCUUUGUACAGAGCCCAGCUACAGUAGCAGGUGAGGUUGAAAAUAAGAGCAGGAUACAAAUAAAAGUAGAGACAUACUUGAAAACGCUUUUGAAUCAGCAUUACUUGAAUAACUUUUUGGGAAUAAUAUGAGUACUGCUUGUUCAAGCGAACAGUUCAUACAAGGCACGCAGACACAAAAGGUUGAAAAAAAGUCAAACAUUUUGCUGUUUUUAUUUCUGAAUGGACUCCCCUUGUUGUCCUGAAGUUUGGUAUGCUCCCAAAAAAUGAACUAAGCAUAGGUAUUAUACUGUACGCAUUGUAAUGUACUGAAUGCAGUUUAUUGGAAAGCUGGUAUUAAUAUAUCAUUCCUGAUAUUGCCAAGAUAUGGGUGUUUUAUCUUUUUUUCAAUAAAUUUAUAUUUAUUUAAAGCUACUUGACUUGUAUAAAAAUCAGUGCUGCCUGUGUUUUAAAUAUAAUCCUAGUUUUGAAUGUGUUUGUGUGUGUAUGAUCCUUUAAUACUCUAAUGCACAUGUGUCACAUUUACGUCCGCAUCCUGUCUUUUACUAAGAAAGCAACAAUUGAAAUGAAGAGCUUCUGAAAAUUCAAGACCCUGUUUUCAUGUAACUAUUCUUGAAAUCAGGGAAUGGGGACCCUUUAUUCUUUUGUGAAAAAAUGCUUAUUAUAACAGCCUACGAGUACUUGUGGAUUAAAAGAUUUUAAAAAACGAUUAAAUGCUCUUGAUGAACCGCUUGCAAAGAUAAUGGUCCCAACAAAAGGAAAUGGCAUGAAAAACAUGACAAUGCUAAGACAUCUGAUUGGAUACACAUCAUAAAGAUGACAACAUACAGUACAGCCCUACAUAACGAUGCAAAUAUUUGCCAAAAUGUUACCCCAGUAUUCGUAUGCGAUAGACCCACUACUCGGCGUAACAAACGCCACCUUUUGUGCGCCUAUCCUUCUGCAGAAUCAAUUUACCAAACAAAGAAUUCUACGUGAUAGUGACUCAGUCUCCGUGCAUUUUUAAAAUUAAGUAUGACUGCCAAAAAAAACCAUGGGGAAAAAGAAUGUUGCAAAUGCCCGAACUUGAAUAAAAGUGAGAAACACUAUUGAAAUCAAGAAAUAACUUGUAGUAAAGUACAGAGGAUUUAUUUUUGCAUUGUUUUUGCAAAUAUUUGUGGGUGACUGGGAUGGAUUCAUUGCAUUUAUAAUAUUUGUUAUGGAAAAAGUUAUUCCAGUUUAGGUACAAUUCGGUCUUCGUUUAACCUUUUGGAAUGAGGCGGCCUGGCUCAGAUGGUAGAGCAACUGCCCAGAAUAUUGAGGUUCCAGGUAAAAAUACAGCUUUCUGCCAUCCCUGUCACUGUCGUGUCCUUAGGCAAGACACUUCACCCACCUUACUUCCAGUGCAACCCACACUGGUGCAUAAAUUUGAAUGAAUGGUUGAUGGUGAUCGGAGAGGCCUUUGCUGCAAAUUUGCAGCCACGUUUCCAUCAAUCUACCCCAAAGCAGCUGUGGUUACAAAUGUAGCUCAACACCAUCAUUAUGUGAAUAAUAUUAAACAAAUUAUGGGUUCUCAGUGUCAUGCACUUUGAGCACUAUAUAAAUCCAAUCCAGAAACAAUAUUAUUGUUAUUAUUAUCAAAGGAAUCCAAGGCACUACUAUAUGCUACAUGGAGCGUUAUUGUACAACAAACUUAUUAUACAGGUGUCCACAAAUCCUUACCAGACAAUUAUGUCUUCUCAAAACUAGAGCAAAGUUGAUACUGAUUGAUGGGAUGAUCCAAUUUUAUUUUUGUUCGUGUCCAUGAUGUCUUUAGGUUUUCUCAGUCAGACAAAGUGCCACUUGUCCACUGUAAAAAUGCAGACAUGAAGUAUUAAACAUUAAAUAAAUGUUGUGGAUAAGUCAAGCAUUAUGUACUUGCCUUCUGGAGGAACACACUGACCGCUACUGAGUUCAGGGGUCUGAGGGCGUAAAAGUUUCGAAAUGACCAAAUAUCGCUAAUGUACAUGUUAUUAGAGUAGAAUGAAGGCAAAGUCUCACCAAUUGGACCACGUAUCUGGCUUCUUCUGCUUUGCAUUUGAAAGGACUUUCACUGCAUGAUAUAUUUUUACUGAACACAAAAAUCAAAGGAAAGUCAGUCACAUCAUUUUCAUAGAACACACGUCCUCCAUAAGGUCACGCCUAUGUUACCAUUCAAUCCCUCCACUAUACGUCUCCUUUUGCACUAGAGCCCUCCAGUGCUCAUGUGUGGACUUGAUCAUCUCAACAGCAAAGUCCUUCAACAUUAGGACAAAUCAGUUAGAAUAGUCCAGAAAAAGGACUCAACGCUACUACACAAUGUGUUCUCAUACCUUAUCUUUGAAUUGCGCAUUGAAUCCAAAUUGGUUCUCGGGUUUCCCAUCAGGAACUUUGUAUUUCCUGAACCAGUCCACAGUGGCCUCUAAAUGACCGGGUCGGCUCUUACGGACAUCGUCUAUGUCUAUGAAAAACAGAAUGGCAAAUGAAGAUCAAUAGGGACAUUUGUUUGUCUUUGCAUGAAUGGAAAUAUGUGCUUCUCUGGUUACACUUCAGACUAUGUUGAAGAGGUUUAUCCUUAAUAAAGAACAUGAAACAAAUGGC